AUGUUACAGUUUCUUGAUGAUAAUAAUGACAAUACUGAGCAGAAUUCUAUCUUAAGUACGAAUUGUAUGGAUGGUAUUGUACCCAUUUCUCCUUUCCCUUCCAUACAUGUUGAAGAGUUAUUUGCGACAUGUCGAGUUGAUGAAAAUGUCACAUACACUUCAACAACACCCCACUUGUCCGAAAACAAUGCGACCUUUCACGAUGAAAUUGCUGAUUUUGUGGUGGAAAAUGAACAAUUUUUACGGGACAUGGACCAAGUGGUUUUCAUGGAAUCAGAGGGUGAAUCAGAUCCGAUGAACACAAAUAAAAAGGAGAAAAACAACGAGGCGAAUCAGAUUAGUACCGUAUGGAAUCCGACAAACGAGCAUCAAGCCAUCAAUCUCAAGACGUGUGGUGUUCAAUUGUCUUCACCAUGUUCAAGUACUGUAUCCAAUACUUCAUGUCAAAGUACAUUGGAUGGAUCAUUAUCAUCCUGUAUGACUGAUAAUGAUGAACUAGAAGUAGAAGGUCCGAUAUAUACGGAAGAGAAGAAGAAUCAGAAGCAGAAUCAGAAGAAGGAAUACGAGCUGGAUGAAGAGAUGAGAGAAUGUGAUAGAAUCUUGAUGAUGCAUCAGGGAGUCCUGCCGUCUUUGAUGGCACCAUCGAAAUUCUCUCACAUUGAUUCAUCACUGUCAGAAAUCUCAAUGACGACAUCUAUGUGUGGAUAUACUGAUGAUAGUAUUGCUCCAUCUCCACUUUAUCUAAUGUUGGAUAAAACAUUAAGCAGUGAUUCAGAGACUUGUGGAGAUGAUGAGGAGACGGAGGAGGAAGUUAUGGAAGAUGAGAUUGAUUUGUUGGAGAAAGAGACAAAGUAUUUGGAUGCCCAGGUGGUUUUUUUGCAGUCUCGUGCCAAGUCGAGACAUCCUCAGCGCAAACGAUUGAAGCAACGCCACCCACGCGGUAUGAAGCAGCCACAUUUGUUGGCAAAAAGCCAGGAGGACAAUCAGUUGUUGCACAACCUUGUUGCGCAGCAAAAGGUCUAUCAAGAGAACUUUCAAGCUAUGCUGGCACUUGCACCAGUAAACGAUGUGCGUAUGGCAUUGAUGACGCCCAUGGAGUCGUACAUCCAUCUUGGCAAGGACUUUGACGAGCGAAGAAAAACUAUACUAUCUUUACGCGAAGAAAAGCUGGAUAUGACGUACAAUUUUAUCGAACAUAAGGCGGCAGGUCUUGACUGGAAUCAGCCGUACCAGUGCUCGGACAUGUUUGAAAAGUUUGGCAAGUACUACUCAGUGAAUUUCUCCAUUUCUAGACAUGAUGGCGUGAGCGUCUUCCAGGUUGGACGCGCCAUUUACGAGCAAAUUGCAGGAAAAGACAAGGUGCAUGACAGUAUGGUUGGAAGCACAACGGUGCACGAGCCUUUGGACGCGAUCAAGUGUAACUUCAUGCACCAGCGCAUUAUCUCGAGCAUGAACUGGAAGGAUGAGAAUACAGAAAAGAUGCCGGAUGUGGAGUCAAAUACCAUUUUCUAUUGUCGGUUUGGUGAUAAUUUGGCAGUAUUAACAACCGACUAUAUUGAUCAAGACGAGCUGCAUCCAUACGACACAUCAAAUUGUAUUCGCAGGGAUGUGUGCUGCGGCGUGGUGCUAUCUGGACACGUUGAUGCCGACGGCAAGAAGUUUGUGGUGAUGAAACGCUACUUGAUGAUCAAGUUUCAUAUGUACCCACACAAGAUGUCUCAGGAGCAGCACGAUCGUUUUUUCGCCAGCAUGCCAAAGUGUCAUGACGUAAUGAAAACGCUUAUCGUUGACCGUCUUCAACGCAACGAGGCAGACGACUAUUCAUGCGCAGGUGAGGAUUGA